UCGCACUUGCAGUUUGGAGUGUUGCGAAACCAGAAAAUAUGGCACUGCAGCUAGCAGUCGAUUCUCGUUGCACUCGUACAUAAUCAUCGAUCCGGCCGCCAGCACCUUUUAGUUUUUAGUGCUAAGUCUACCGUCUAGCUCGGCUUCCCCACAACAGGCAGUGCUAGCAGUGGGCAAUGAUAACACUGUAUCAGUAGACUCUACCCCGUCCCCCACUGUUUCCAACUCCAAGAUCAAGCUUGCACCUACGUAGUCGUUACCUGCAUUGUAGUCCGGGUGCUUCGUCUGGGCUGUAGUGUAGUAGAUCUACGUACCGCUACUGACUGUUUAGUUGUUGUGAUCUCUUGUACUUGUACUAGUUGUAGUGCCAGUUUUCCUUGGCUGACUCACUGAUUCAAUGCUGAGUGAUCUAGUGAGGGGGCAUUGAACGACUUACAGUUACUUGAGUUACACCGCUCGGCUGCAUCUCGCUUCUCCACCCUGUGAUGUGAUCGGCCGGGUGAGCAGCACAUAUGCAGGCGACUGUUUAGACCCUGCAGCCUGUGUUUCUGCCUCUGUGCGUGGAGCUGCUGAGCUGUGACAGAGCGGGAGAGCGGAACCCGCGUGGCAGAAUGAUUCCCUGACAGUGACAGAGGAUUGAAUCAUCCUACGUACCCAAACUGCAGCUAGGAGUAAAACUGUUGGUGAACUUCAUCCUUGUCGAAGAAGAGUGUGGAUGGUGAUUGGUGUCUUCUAAGCCGGUCGUACCCCAUCCGGGCUUAGCUUAGGAGAAACGUUGAGUUAGUUUCGACAUAGCUUCCGCCUCCGAUUUGCGUUGCUUGUUGACAGUCUCGGUUGUGGACUGGACAAGUGCCGCUCGCAGUAGAAGAAAUGGCUUGUUCGGCAAGUGACACAGGUAGAGGCCGCAGCCGGUGGCGGCAGUGGCAUGUCGCUCAUACGCUGGCCACAUUCUGUUUCCUACUGAAGCAGAUACAUGUACAUGUGUGCCUGGCGGACGACGCCGACCCUGGAGGCAAUCGAGUAUCGGCGGCCGGAGAUGCCUUGCCCUUGCAGCCACACUUCCGACAGACGCUAACACGGUCGGAGGUGGACGUGUGCACUCGUGCACUACCCGUACCGUUCUGCAGCCUCCGCACCCGCACUAAUUCCUCGGGUGCAGCGACGGAGUUACCCCAACUGGCGUACACUUGCAAAGGAUCAUCUGACACUAUAAGCUGGAACAACACCAGUCCGAAGACUACAAUUGUACUACUGCACCUCUUUUUCCCAUACGAAAAGGAAUGCCAAAGAUCGUUUCGACUCAAUACAACUUCCACGCAGGUGCUACUGCCAUUGGAUGUAUUAAUCAGGUUUCUUCCUUACAACUGCCGGGCACUGAGUCAUUUUUACCCGCUUAUCGCACUUCAACAAUGUAACAGCAAGGAAGCUUGUGGUCCCAUGGGCGAAAAGUUGGAUUUUUAUAAUUGCCUAGGCGAUCCAAUGGCUGUUCAAAUCCAUGGCAACAUCAAGCAGAGAUCCGUAUCAAUGCAAGUGAAUACCUACAAAACAAUCUGGCCAUCGCAAACGCCAAAGCAAAACAGUUAUCAUGUUCUGCAGCGUGAUGUCACACGCAACAUCACCAGCAUGUGUAAUCUGACUCGAGUGGUGUGCAAGGCAAAGAAGAACCGUUGUGUGCUGACCUGCAGCAAUCUGGACCCCUGUGCUCAGUAUGAAUUCUGUGUAUAUGUCGAUAGCCAAGUACCCGGAAUCCAAAAAGCAAGAUGCCAACCAGGCAUGACCCAGUGGACACCUGUGUCGACAAAGAUGUCUUCAAAGCAAGCUGAUCUGUUGUCCACUGCAUCUUUACAAAUGACCGGGAGUCGUCUAAGUGACACUACUGCUGUUGUCACUAUAAAGAGCUUCGGCAAUAGUACGUCUGAUACUUCCUUGCAAGUGAUGGCUACUGUUUGCCUGCUUCCCAAAGUUGACACGGUAAAAAAGAUCUGUCAGCAGCGACCAGUGAUGCUUAGCAGUGGGUAUCAAUUCACUGACAUUGUCUUCACUGGUCUUGAAUGCCGCAAUGAUGAGUACUCAGUCACUGCAACCAUAUGUGAAGGAUGUAGGACAUCAUCCUGCAGGAACCUAAGUCCAACACUUGUGAAGAGAUCACAAUCGUUGGUGAACAUAACAAGCGGCGGAGGCGGAGAGGAUUCUGAGACUGCUGUGUCUUUGCACCUGUCCUGGGAUGAUACGUUGAAGCAGCUAUGCGCCGCCACUGCUGGAAACCAUGAAAAUUGCCAACUGCAGGCAAUGUUCCAAUGUGCUAAAAUUGGCUUGCUACCGUACUCCGUCUCGGCUAAUCAAGCUGAGCUGAAUGUGCCAUGGAGUGCUCUCCUUCCGGAUGCAACCAUGACACGUCUGGACUGUGAUGUGUGGGUAUCGUUGUCUCUGGCUAGUUUGACACCUAUCGAGCAGCACUUUCCCAUAUCACAGAAGCGGAUCCUUAUCCUGGAAGUGAGGCUUGUACAACUGCCUGUGGUGACACCAGGCGUGGGUAAUUCGGGUAAGACAACGGGUGCUGAGGCAGUGGGAGAGGAGUCAACCGAGCAGGCACACCACCGAGCGGGAGUCACUAAUCCUGUCAUAAUCUCACUCAGCGUGGUAUGCAUUGCAGCCAUUGUUGUGUUAGCUGGCAUAAUUGGAUACAGACGGCGUCGAUACAGUCGUGCUCAUCGAGCUGGUUACAUGCUGGAAGAGGCUAGCAGGCGACGCCAGCACAUGCAUAGAAAGCUCCUCAACGUCGGCAAGGCACAUGGUCUCAAGUCCACGUCGCAGAAGCCCAGCAGUGGCGGCAAGUUUGGUCGGGGCGUUGCUCCUCCAGUGCCAACAACACCACGGCCAAUACACAUACUCAGCAACCCUAGCGUGACUGGCAGACCACCAGCUGGAUCAGCUGGAUCACCCGCCAAUGACCAUGCAGAGGAGAUCUAUGAUCGAUUGCAGUUUGCAGGUGCUACCAUCCAGAGGAAUCAAAUUGCAGAUGCAUGAACUAGUCAUCUGGACAUGCAUUGAUUCAUGGAACAACGCUUUAUCAUGCAGCAGGACCGGCGUAUUAUAUCUUGAACUUGAAGGUGAUGGAAUGGCUCGAGAACGGGCUGUGAUGACGUCAGUCAGUGGCAUUCAUUGGGCCUUGGCCCCUUAGGCAUGGAAAGGUACAUUGCACCUACUUGAAUUGCGAACAAUCAUACAGGUAUUCAUAGGGUCAUGUUGCUUUUUUUUAUUAGUAAUUUUGUGUCCUGAGGGGGGGGGGGGGGGAGGAGGAGGCAGUAUAACAUUGCUGGUAUGACCCUAUUACCCCCCCCCCCCCCCACACACACACACACAUACACCCUUCUCCAUUUCUUUACCAUGCCACGCAGUCGACAUUUGGUAUGUUAUUGUGUGGUUGUCCGAAGACUUGAGCGCCAGGCAAAGCCAUGGUGUAUGCAUAUGCAAGCUGAUUUCAGACGUCAUAACGGCUGUAUCUUAUCGAUUUUUUGUCUGCUCUAUGAGUAACAAGUGGAAGCCUUAAUUGCUGUACCACACUUGACCACUUCUAGUGCAUCCGACCACACUUGACCACUUCUAGGGUAUCACCUAAUUUUGAUCAUUUCACUUUCCCAUUCGACUUUCUGGUAAUAAGUACAUGGAGCACAUUCUACAAUUUUGGUUUGACUCCCAACGCACCCCUUCCAAAAUUCCUAAUGCCAUGCCAAACUUCUGUCUGGCCAACGCCGUGAACGGUAUUCUUGAUAUUAGUUUUUCAAGUUUGUACUUCAGUAAUUGCACUCUAGCCGAUUAUUAUUAUUAUUAUUUGAAAGCUUUCAGGCACUUCACUCAACUCUCUCAGUCAGUGUCAUGGGUUUCAACUUUCAACACCAAAUCUAAGCAGGCGAAAUUCUAAGUUGUUCAUAGUUUAGUAACUUGCAUUGGCAAUGCAUUCUUCUGAACGUCUGAGCACGUCUCACAGAGUGAGCUUAACUUG